CUUCAAGGAUGCGAGGCUACCCCUUGUGUGAUGAGGGGAUGGACUACAAAAUUACCCGCAGCAGAGUUGUAGUAGCAGUACGCUGCUAACCGCCAACCACACCUCCACACUUCCCUCAUUGCAAAGUCUCCCAUUCAUCCCGCAAAUGUUGUCCUGGUCAUAUACGCCCGAGCGAUGGGCAUUCGAUGUUACAUCCCUCAUGGUCCUCAUAGGCGAAGACGAAGAACGCAAGUACCGGCUGAGCCAACGUUCGCUUCUGGAAGCACUUGCCGCAGCACCUGUUAUUGGUCUACAGAAUUAUAUACGCUCGUAUGAGUUCCUGCUCGACGGAUCUUCCCGAGAGUAUUUCACGCCGUAUGGAUGCAAGACAGCACCGCUGCGAAACCCACGCCUGGACGCCGUCAUCAGUCUCCAAGGGCUCUUAGACGACGGGAAAUACGGUGUCUAUCGCAUCCGACAUUCAAGCGAGACAAGUGCUCGGCGCAGGGGACAGCUGGCAAUGAUAUUGUGGGUCUCGACGACGUGGAUUUGCUCUGGGUUGAUAUUUGCUUUUCUCGGGCUGAUACAGAGCGCAACCUGGAUCGGUUUGGUGAAUUGCGCCGCGCUCCUACUCUGGUCCAUGAUCUUACGGACGGUGGAGCACUACCAGAUCAAGCCUUCAAAUGUGAGCCGGGAAACCAUUACCGGGCCCAAUGAGCCCGAUGCCGUAUUCAUUCUAGGCAGAAGAAACUCCGCUUUUGUCUUAGAAGGCACACGACAGCAGGUCAAGUUUUGGACCGCGCGAGGGUUACGAUACGGUGACAAUGGGACUGCUGCCAGGAUAUACCAGAACACGACUCGCGCCAUCACAUUCUUCCUCCUGACCUUCAUCUUCGUCACCAUUCCCAAUGGCUCAACUAUGGACCAAACAGCCUUUGUGCUCCUCAAUAUCCUGGGCCAAAUCAAUGUCCUCGUCGGACGCCUGCUGAACAGUUGGAUAUGCCUGGCGGGACUCGAGCGGCAGGCGGAAAACACGGAUUCUGUCCCUAGCCGCACGCAUAUCUGGGCCUCUCUCUUGAGAAAGUUUGAUGGGGUUAAUAAAGUUAGCCGUGACUGGGCACAGGGUUUGGGAUUGCCAGACACUGAUGAAUGGCGGGAGUGGCGGCAACGAAUCGUGAAGGAGAGGCAUGCAGACGCGAAACAACUGUACAACACAAUCAGAGAAGAGCUGCGGCGCCAGUAUUAGUCGAAGCGUUGGCAAGUGGGACGGGAAGGGCUGAUAGUUCUGGAAGUAGCGGCUUCCUAGGAAACGCCAACUUGAGACGGCAAGGAGCUCCCGAAGUCGAUGGAAAGUGCUUGGCGCCACCGAAUGUGAGGUUUGGAAUAAUUAUGAGGAGCAAAGGGCGUGAAUGUACAGUAUGGGGUAGCUAGGCUAAGGUAGACUCACCACCAAUACACCAUACGUUUAGAUUAUAGGGCAUCGUUCGAUGGGAUU